AUGGGAUCUACAACAACUAUUAUUACUACUAUCGUUAGAGCAGCUUCAAAGGUUGACAAACACGCAGCUACCGCCAGAGUGGCACAUGAUGUGAAGCAAGGCAUGCACGAUAUGAAGCAGGGCGUGCACCACGGCAUGCAUCAUGGAAUGCAUUAUGACAUGCACGGGAAGUCUAGUGGAAUAGGUAAUUGGUUACACGGCGUUGACCACACCUUUAGAAAGAUACUUUCUACGUUGUUACUUCUAGCCUUUUUGGCUAUUGUUGGCACUUUCCUUUUAUCAAGAAUGCCAUCUUUGAAAACAAAUGGUAACAUCCCUGCUGGUAAGGGUAAGUACGAGAAAGUCACUACCACUUCUUCAACUACCGGUAGACAGGCUGUAGCUGAUGAGUUGAGAAGGGAGGACACCACAUUAAGGCACGCUGAUGGUGUCCCUGUUAGAGUUGGUGAUGCUAUCCCGGUUGUUAAGCGUAGCGUAAGAAGCCAGGCCAGAGAUACCCAUUAG